UCAGCUGUAAUUUUAUUUUUAUUAUUAUUAUUGUAAAAAUUGAGAAAUAGAAUUAUUUACACAAAAUUUCAAUUUAUAACUAAACAACUUCAUAUAUUUUUACCAAAAUGGCUGAUAAUGAAAACGAAACUUCACAAACUGCAGCAGAUAAAGAAAAGGAUAAUAAAAUUUGUAUACUCCUAAAUGCUACUGGCAAUGUGCCUAUUAUCAAGAAACGCACUUGGACGGUGGACCCCUACAAAACUGUGAGCUGGAUACAAAAGUUUAUACACAAAUAUUUGAAAUUAGAUCCCUCGGAACAAAUUUUUUUAUAUGUUAAUCAAACUUUUGCGCCAGCUCCCGAUCAAAUUAUUAAGAAUUUAUAUGAUUGUCAUGGUACUAAUGGUAAAUUGGUUUUAUAUUAUUGUAAAAACCAAGCCUGGGGAUAAAUCGAUUUCAUGUGUCAUCCACCAGCACAUUCUCUUAAAAAAUAUUUAACCAAAAAGUCAACAUUAUUUUUUUUUCUAAUUUAUAUUUAAAUAAGGCAUUUAAUUAAUAAUAACAUAUUAUUAAAUUAUUGAAAAACUA